CAUGUGACAGAUCAUGACAUCAAGGGCUAAUCGACGGCUCCGAUGAAAUUCCAAGUUCCAUAAUCACGUGGGACGUGGCUAUGCUUAUCCACUGAACCACGUGCCGUCCAGGUUGGACUCUGCAAUUUUAGCCCGAUGGGUCCGGUUUGAUGGGAUGGGACCGUCGCACCGGGCCGGAGACCUGAACCUAGUAAAGUCGACCCUCGCACUCCCACACCUCAAUGAAUCUGACUUCUCCCUGCCAAUGACGGCUCGAGCCCUCUGGCUCGAUCGCGCCGCUUCCAUUUCUAUCGCCCCAACCCUCCCGUCGGCAUCAGCAGUGAGGUGUCGGCAGUCUCGGCUGGUUGCGAUGCAGGCUUCGCCGGCAUCUGCCAUCGAAGCCCGUAAUCUGUAUUUCUCGCUGUCGAACAAGCAGGGGAAGUUGGUGCCGAUUCUGAAGAAUUGUUCGAUCCGGGUUCCUCCCGGGCAGCUUUGGAUGCUUCUCGGUCCUAAUGGCUGCGGCAAGUCCACCCUCCUGAAGGUGUUGGCAGGAUUUCUAAGGCCUGAUGAUGGAAUUGUCAGUGUAAAAAAGCCAAACAGUUUUGUGUUUCAGAAUCCUGAUCACCAGGUGGUCAUGCCAACAGUGGAAGCAGAUAUUGCGUUUGGUCUUGGUAAGUUUAAUCUAACUUCAUCUGAAGUUAGAUUGAGAGUCUCAAACGCUUUAGAAGCUGUUGGCUUGCAAAGUUAUUCACAAAGGCCAAUUCAAACCCUCAGUGGAGGACAGAAACAACGAGUUGCUAUUGCAGGUGCCUUAGCUGAAGCGUCUAAAGUUCUAUUAUUAGAUGAACUUACAACAUUUUUAGAUGAACAUGACCAGGCAGGAGUUGUGGAGGCAGUCAAGAAUUCCGUUUCUAGUCCAGAAGUCGCUGCACUAUGGGUAACACACCGCUUGGAAGAACUCAAAUAUGCAGACGGUGCUAUUUAUAUGGAAGAUGGAAAAAUAGUGAUGCAUGGGGAUGUUCCCUCGGUUUCUAACUUUAUAAAAGAGAAACAGGCCAGAUAUAGACAGUAUCUCAACAUCUAGCUGCUUCACUGUAAUGUUCUUAGCAUUUUUCAUUUCCUUUUAUAGUUUCCAGGGCAUGCAAUCUUUUCAUUUCAUAUGUUUUGUUUCAUCUUAUUUCAAUCUAUUAAUUAUGAGAUUGCUCUGCCUUCAA